AUGUCUAUGCGUGCAACUACAAUGUCACUUUCUGUUUUGGUAACCAUCGAAAUGUUUAAUGCAACAAACUCUCUCAGUGAAAAUGAAAGUUUAUUAACCUUUCCGAUAUGGAGUAAUAUGUACCUUGUAUAUUCAAUUUGUCUUUCAAUGUCAUUACAUUUCAUGAUACUUUAUGUUCCAUUCUUUUCAAUGCUUUUUGCAGUUGUGCCUUUAACUUGGGCUGAAUGGCAGGCAGUCAUAUAUAUAUCAUUACCUGUUAUUUUUAUAGAUGAAAUAAUGAAAUUUUUGAGUCGUAUAUAUGUUGCUCCUCCAACAAAAAUCAAAGUUGAAUAA